AUUGCCCCGAAGGAUGGGAAGAAUAUGCAAUGAAUUGUUACAGAUUCUUUACAGAUAAGAAAGACUGGAACUCGGCAAAGAGCUUUUGUGAUUCCAUGGAUGCUCAUCUCGUGGCAAUAGAAAGCGAAGAAGAAAACAAUUGGAUUUUUGAUCGAAUCAACUACAAGGAUGAAGGUGACGAUUGGUGGACUGAUGGGUCAGAUGAAGGGUCAGAGGACAAGUGGUAUUGGCACCAUUCUAACAGUAGAAUGAUUUACGCAGACUGGAAUUUAAGUCCUCGUGAACCGAACGGAAAGCAGAGUGAAAACUGUUUAUUGCUGCAAUUGAGGCUCAACAGCUGGGUCGAUGCUCCUUGUUCGUACGAGUUAAAGUUUAUCUGUGAAAAAUGA